CAGGGUCUUUUUUUCUGCGAAAAGAGCGUCUUCCGUCGGGGCAGAUGAUGCCGAAGAAGAUCGAUCCCGUUCGAAAAGGAAUCAACCCUUCGCCCUACCUUCUUCCCCAUCAGGACCUGUCCGAUCGGAACUCCCUCGCGCGCGCUGGGUCGUAGUGGGGUCAUCCCAGGAACUAGAUAGACUUCCAGACUUCCAGGGACUGCUGCAAAGGCCGAGUUGCGAUCCGCUCGCUCGCUCGCUCAAAAGCCCAGGCUACGUGCGACGGAAUGUGUCCUGCCUUUCUUGCGCGUCCGUCCGCGAACGACUGCUACUACUUCUGACGAAGGCUCAGUGAGAAGGAAUGGUGUGUCCUCUGAAAAGUGGUCCCGGUAACCUAUAGCAGUUCUUCGCUACUUCACUCGAUUACCUGAACUGUGCCUAUAUAAGGAUAAUGAUCGAUAUUUAAAGAAGACUUUGUAGAAAAGAAAAAGGAAAACAAAUUAACAGAAUUAUUAAUGAGCCUCUUUGUGAAUCUGACGUAAGGUGAGAGAAUUCUCCAGAGGUGACUCAAGUGAUAUUUAUCAAGAUUUAAAGAAGAAGAAUUUGUAGAAAGAAAAUAAAACCUUUUAACAGAAUUCGUAUAUCAGUAACGCCCCCGUUUGUGAAUCUGACGUAAGGUGAGACACUUCAAGCCCAGGGCUACGGGUGGUGCCUCAAGUGCUUUACGUAUCAUUGAUUGCGUUCGAACGCAAUGAUUUCCGUUUUCCAGCAGUGCAUUUCCUGAAAGAUCACUGGAAUAAACCUGUGUUUUCGGUGCGCUAUGAGGUGGGAAUGAUUGACACGCAGAAAUACUUUAUGAAGCUCAGACACUUUUCGUGUGAGAUUCCCGAGAGCGAGUGAUGGAAAUUGUCUGGUAGUGUGACCACCUAGAAAAAAAGUUUCCUGUGGGUCGUAAUCGUCUGGGAUUUGUAACCUCCCAAAGUAAAAAUUCCUGAGGGUCGUAGUCGUCUGGAAUUUGUGACCUCCCAAAGUAAAGUGUCCUGAGGGUCGUAAUCGUCUGGGAUUUGUGACCUCCCGAAGUAAAGUUUCCUGAGGGUCGUAAUCGUCUGGGAUUUGUGACCUCCUCCCAAAACACAGUUUCCUUAAAAAGUCGAAAUAAAUCAGUGAUGACGCAUCACGUUUCAGAGUGACUCAGUAUGGAAUCCCUGGUAGACAAAUGCAGCAGCGGUUUAUUAGUGGCGUCUCCCCACCACGGUAUCAUGUACAGCAAGAUGCUCUGUAAACUGGACAACCCGAAGAGCGUAGAUAGCAGAGCUUCACCCCCUCACCCUCCUCCCGCUGCCACGCCUUCUUCGACGCCCUCGCUAGUGGAUCGUUCCCCAAGUAUGACGCCCAUAUCGACAUUGAACCGCUCAUCCUCAUCCUCGCCCAGUGCCACCCCAUCGUAUGCCUACGCCCUUAGCGUGACGCCCUCUGCUGUUGCAGCUGCUGCUUCUGGCGCAGGGGGUACUGUUCUCCUCUCGCGCCCUUCGAGUGGGAGCUCGCCCAAAGCGAUGACUCGUUCGCCGAGUGUUACUCCGACGCUACCUGCCUCCUCCCCGAGUGUGACCCCCAACCUCUCCCUCCAACACCUGCCACUCCACCACCACCACCACCAUCACCAACACCAUCACCUCCAACUCCCUUCGUCAUCCCCGAGUGUGACAUCUUCCUCCUCCUCCUCUUCCAACUCCUCUUCCAACUCUUUCACUUGCGAGUCUCCCAAGAAACAGUUGCUUCCGGCUCUGGGGUUGGCCCAAGAAGACUCAAUCAAGGAGUCUGUCAAUUAUGACAUUCCGGGACCAACGAACGCAAAAGUGCCAACACCCAAUGUCUGUCAAGCAAAUAUGAACCAGAUGUGCAAAGUCUGUGGAGAGCCAGCGGCUGGUUUCCAUUUCGGUGCCUUCACCUGCGAAGGCUGCAAAUCCUUCUUCGGCCGGACCUACAACAACCUCUCUUCACUGAACGAGUGCAAGAACAACGGCCGCUGUGUCAUUAAUAAAAAGACGAGGACCUCCUGCAAGAGCUGCCGGCUUCGCAAGUGCCUGAUGGUUGGAAUGUCCAAGAGUGGGUCUAGGUACGGCCGUCGGUCUAACUGGUUCAAAAUACACUACCUCAUGCAGAACAACAACAACACCAGUUCUUCCUCAGCUUCUUCGACGUCCGCUGACAUCUUGACGAGUGAUUCCACCAUGACAACGUCCAACACAGUGACAACAGCCACCAUCACAACCGACACCCAUUCCCCGGUAGGUCUAGUGAGUCCUCCUGAAAUUAGCAUCAAAAGCUCCAGUCCAGAUUACAAGGAAUUCAAGAUGAGCUCAGACUGCUCCUUCAGUGCGGAUUACCAGUUCAAAUCGGGCGUGGAGAACAAGUCCUACCACUCCCCACCGGCCUCCUCAGAAACUCACACCUCGGAGUCUUCACUGGACCUCAGCGAAAAGUCGCUAUUCCCUCCCCUGUCAGAGCAGCUCUACCCAAAGGAGCUCCUGUCGCUCUACAACCUUCAGAAUCUCGCGCCACGUCUGCCGCCUUACGUGUCCCCAAAUUCCCUCGCCCAGAGGUACCUCUAUCCUUACUACCCGUCUCUCCUUUCAGUCUACUCGCAGAAGCAGUACCUCGACAGCCUUCUGAAGGAGGCGAAGAAUAACGAUGACACCAACGCCCUUGAGGGUGAUGAGGACGACGUGAACCACGACGAACGCAGCUCCCCUGACUGCGGGAUACCCCCUCCUCCAAAGUUCCACAAGUCUUGCUCUAGGUCACCACCUCGUCGAAGUACCCCAGAGUGGCACAGCGCAACGACAGAAGCCCUUCUGAGGGGUAUCUUGCCCUUCCAUCAUAAGAUCCCGGUCCACGACGCCAUUCUAGCUCACAGUUCAGACCACAACCCCGGUUACGACUUCCUGUCGCAGGAGGAGGAGGAUUCUGACCUUGUCCCCGAGGGUGCCACCGCACCGCAGGACCUACCCAUCGAUCUCAGUAUGAAAAGCAAGUUCUCUACUUAUUCCUUCCACAAAAUCAUUAACCUGGAGCAUUCCAUGUGCAGGGCGUCUGGAAUGGACAGUGAAGAAAAUAGUGAAGAGGUCUCGGGAGAGAAGGAAGACGAGAGAGGAAUUCAGACUAAAAAUGAGCAGGAGGUUCCUCUAGACCUAAGUUACAUAGGGUCUUGACUUCAGUUUUUUAGUUUUCCUCUGAUUUAAUGCAACUAUAGUAUAAUCGCUCAAAUGUCAUUUGUCACAUAUAUAUACUUGAUUUUCCUUCACCGUUGUUUUCUUAUUAUCGUACAUUGAGUGGUUGAGUCUCCGAGACCAAAAAAUGUUGAUGAAAUGUGACAGACAAUUUCAGAAGGGGCUCUAGACCUAUGCAGAUCUGCAGAGGAACAAAUUAUACAUUUUCUGUGACAAAAAUAGACUCUGAUCUCAAAGAAAAGAGAGCCAAUGGGUUUGAGCGGUUAUUGUGCCAUACGUAACUUCAGCUUCCACUGAAGUGUCAUUUCUGAAAUUGUGAAAUCUUAUUUGAUGAAUGUAUCGGUGAGUCAGUUUUUAAUCUCUUCAAGAGAUUGAUGAUAAUCUGACAUUUCAUUGUCUUAACUUGUUGAUCUAUUUAUUAUUUUUCUAUAUUACUCUCUUAUAUGAUUAUGAGAUUUAUUUUUUAGAAUAUAGGGAUAAUAAAGUACAGUCACAAGGCAGCUUUUGGAUUUCCAAAAUGGGAAAAAACUUUUUUUUUUUUUUCAUCUCAAUGUUAUCUAGUCUUUGCUGAUGCUUAUAAAGAGUAAAUAUAUUAUUAAAAGAAGAAUUUUUUACAAGUCUGUAAAUGGCUACUGAUGUUUGAGACUAAAACACUUUUCAGUGCUGCAAUUUGCAACGGAGCUUCGAAUAAAUCAAAUUUUUUUUUUUUUAUUAUGGAUGUCUAAUUUGAAAUACUUAAAGAAACCAACUGUAAAUGUUCAUUUGACUUUAGUUCGAUUCCAAAUACAGAACACGUCAUUCAGAACCGAUAUCCUGUAAAUAUACUGUGAUGUUCUUGAUAAUAUCACAGGAAAUGAUUCUAAAGUUAAAAAUCUUAUGGUUUUACCUGUAAGUCUAAGGUGGACCUUUUCAGAAGUGCAUACUGUGAAUGUUCAUUUGAUUUUUGGUAACAAGUACAGAUCUUGUCUUGUAGAACUAAUAUCCUGUAGAUAUCUUGUGAUCAUUUCUGUAAUCGGUUCCAGAUAAAAUCGCAGAAAAUAAUUCUAUGUUCAUUAAAUAUCAAAUGUUUUUUUCUUGGGUGUCCAAUUUUAAACUUUUAAGAAAACAUAUUGAGAGUGUUCAUUUGAUUUUAGCCCGGAGCCAACACAGAUCAUGUCGUAUAGAGCUGGUUUUUCGUAAUCUGUUCCUGGUAAAAUGACGCAAAACAAUUCGAAAUCAAUCAAACAUCAACACUAGGUAAGCGAAGAGUGUUGGCAACAUAUUUUGUAUGCCAUAAAUCAAGAUUAACUCUAAGGGCUUUGAACGCCCACGUACAAACUCGACAGUGGCUGACAGAGAACGUAUUUUCGUAAAGAGGUGUAAUUAAUGGUUUAUCAUUAUUUAUAUAACGAAGAAAGGUUUACUGUGAAUAGACUUAGCAAAUAAAACUAUUAUCUAUUAACUAUUA